UCGCGGCUGCACGGCUUGGGCCCGAGAGGCGAGGCUUGGACGUCCGGCGAGCCGGGGCAGCGGAACUGACGCCAGCGGGCUUCCGGGGACGGCCCCCGGGGAGGUCGGCCGCGGCGCCGCAGUCGUGGAGGGGCCGCCGGAGCGUAAGCGGCCGCGGGCGACGCAAGUUCCGCGCCGAGCUCCCUCUCCUCGCCUCACACUCUCCUCCCUCUCGCCUAGUGGCGUGCUGCCUCCCGACGGCGGCUCUUCCUGACGAGAGCUUUCGGAGUCCGGUUGCUGACACGAAGCCGCCGCCGCCCCGCCUCGGGGCCGAGUGAGAGUGCCGGUCGCGCCGCGUCGCCCCCUGCGCCGCCUCCUUGCCCCCCAGGGGCGGGCGCCCUUCUCGCUGGAAGCACUCCCCCCAGCUCCAUGAAUGGAAAUCGGCUCCGCAGGACCCGUUGGGGCCCAGCCCCUGCUCAUGGUGCCCAGAAGACCUGGCUAUGGCUCCAUGGGCAAACCCAUUAAAUUGCUGGCUAACUGUUUUCAAGUUGAAAUCCCAAAGAUUGAUGUCUACCUCUAUGAGGUAGAUAUUAAACCAGACAAGUGUCCUAGGAGAGUGAACAGGGAGGUGGUUGACUCAAUGGUUCAGCAUUUUAAAGUAAAUAUAUUUGGGGACUGUAGACCAGUUUAUGAUGGAAAAAGAAGCCUUUACACAGCCAAUCCACUUCCUGUGGCAACUACUGGGGUAGAUUUAGAUGUUACUUUACCUGGGGAAGGUGGAAAAGAUCGACCUUUCAAGGUGUCAAUCAAAUUUGUCUCUCGGGUGAGUUGGCACCUACUACAUGAAGUACUGACAGGACGAACCUUGCCUGAGCCACUGGAAUUAGACAAGCCAAUCAGCACUAAUCCUGUCCAUGCUGUUGAUGUGGUGCUACGACAUCUGCCCUCCAUGAAAUAUACGCCUGUGGGGCGUUCCUUUUUCUCAGCUCCAGAAGGAUAUGACCACCCUCUGGGAGGGGGCAGGGAAGUAUGGUUUGGAUUCCAUCAAUCUGUUCGGCCUGCCAUGUGGAAAAUGAUGCUUAAUAUUGAUGGUCUGAAGGUUGAAGUGACUCAUUGUGGAACAAUGAGACGGAAAUACCGUGUUUGUAAUGUAACAAGAAGGCCUGCCAGCCAUCAAACCUUUCCUUUGCAGUUAGAAAAUGGCCAAACUGUGGAGAGAACAGUAGCACAGUAUUUCAGAGAAAAGUAUGCUCUUCAGCUGAAGUACCCACACCUUCCCUGUCUGCAAGUGGGGCAGGAGCAGAAACAUACAUACCUGCCACUAGAAGUCUGUAAUAUUGUGGCAGGGCAACGAUGUAUCAAGAAGCUCACGGACAAUCAGACUUCCACUAUGAUCAAAGCAACAGCAAGAUCUGCACCAGAUGUAAGAAGUGCAAAUUAUGAAACAGAUCCAUUCGUUCAGGAGUUUCAAUUUAAAGUUCGGGAUGAAAUGGCCCAUGUAACCGGACGUGUACUUCCAGCACCUAUGCUCCAGUAUGGAGGACGGAAUCGUACAGUAGCAACACCAAGCCAUGGAGUGUGGGACAUGCGAGGGAAACAGUUCCACACGGGAGUGGAAAUCAAAAUGUGGGCCAUCGCUUGCUUUGCCACACAGAGGCAGUGCAGAGAAGAAAUACUGAAGGGCUUUACGGACCAGCUGCGAAAAAUUUCUAAAGAUGCAGGGAUGCCCAUCCAGGGCCAGCCUUGCUUCUGCAAAUACGCGCAGGGGGCAGACAGCGUGGAGCCCAUGUUCCGGCAUCUCAAGAACACCUACUCUGGGCUGCAGCUCAUUAUCGUCAUCCUGCCAGGGAAGACGCCAGUGUAUGCGGAGGUGAAACGUGUUGGAGAUACACUUUUGGGUAUGGCUACACAGUGUGUUCAAGUCAAGAAUGUAAUAAAAACAUCCCCUCAAACUCUUUCAAACCUGUGCCUAAAGAUAAAUGUUAAACUCGGAGGGAUCAAUAAUAUUCUUGUACCUCAUCAAAGACCUUCUGUGUUCCAGCAACCAGUGAUCUUUUUGGGAGCAGAUGUCACUCACCCACCGGCUGGUGAUGGGAAGAAGCCUUCUAUUGCUGCUGUUGUGGGUAGUAUGGAUGCCCACCCAAGCAGAUACUGUGCCACAGUAAGAGUUCAGAGACCCCGACAGGAGAUCAUCCAGGACUUGGCCUCCAUGGUCCGAGAGCUUCUCAUUCAAUUUUAUAAGUCAACUCGGUUCAAACCUACUCGUAUCAUCUUUUACCGGGAUGGAGUUUCAGAGGGACAGUUUAGGCAGGUAUUAUAUUAUGAACUACUAGCAAUUCGAGAAGCCUGCAUCAGUUUGGAGAAAGACUAUCAACCUGGAAUAACCUACAUCGUAGUUCAGAAGAGACAUCACACUCGAUUAUUUUGUGCUGAUAGGACAGAAAGGGUCGGAAGAAGUGGCAAUAUCCCAGCUGGAACAACAGUUGAUACGGACAUUACACACCCCUAUGAGUUUGAUUUUUACCUCUGUAGCCAUGCCGGAAUACAGGGUACCAGCCGUCCUUCACACUAUCAUGUUUUAUGGGAUGAUAACUGCUUUAAUGCAGAUGAACUUCAGCUGCUAACUUACCAGCUCUGCCACACUUACGUGCGCUGUACACGAUCUGUUUCUAUACCUGCACCAGCGUAUUAUGCUCACCUGGUGGCAUUCAGAGCCAGAUAUCAUCUUGUAGACAAAGAACAUGACAGUGCUGAAGGAAGUCACGUUUCAGGACAGAGCAAUGGGCGCGAUCCACAAGCUCUUGCCAAGGCUGUACAGAUUCACCAAGAUACCUUACGCACAAUGUACUUCGCUUAAAAAGUCCAAGGAUAUUUUCAGAGAGGAAGAACUGAAAGAUGAAUCUACAUACAACGUACGUUUCCAGUGGAGUCAGUUGAGUGGGGAUGCCUGCAGCCAUAUGGAAACCAACACUGUGGGGACCAGGGUCUGAUUUUUUUGUUGAUACUAGGAAGAUUGUUUACUUCAUCAAGAAACACAGCACCAUUAUGCAAUAUGAAACCAGCCAACUGCUUUUUUGUGCACUCUCCUGUAGGAAGUGUCACCAUUUUUUUGUUUCCACCGUUCUUGUAGUCUAACCCUUUUAAUGCCUUUACCUCAAGUUGCUUGGCAGCACAAAUAUCUUUGCAAAAAAAAAAAAAAGUAAAGAAAAGGUAAAUGAUGGUUUAAAAAAAACACGCCUACAUGAAUAAUCAGUGAUUGUUCACAAUUAUGUGUGCAAAAAAAUUAAUGUGCAUUCACAUAUUCUUGUAGAAGGUAUCUGUGUAUAUUUUAAACAUAUACAUGUAUACUUCAUAUGCAUAUAUAUCUGGAUCUACACUGAUAAUAGAUAUAUAUGUUCUUCGUGUAUAUUUUAUAGUUCAUUCCAUUGGGGAACUUCCUCUCCCUUUUAUUAUCCUCCCACCACCACUUUUAUUUCUCUCUCUACCUCCCUUGCCUUUAUCACGUAUAUUUUUUUCCCUAAUGCUACCAGUGACAUUCAAAUGUUCAUGUAUCUGGUUCAUUUGAAUAUGAAGCAUGACAAACUGGACUUUCAUUUUGCACACCCACUCCUGUCUCAUGUCUCAUACACAAUUCUGAGUCCUCAAUUCUUGAUAUUGCUUACUAAGAAACAAAGUUAUUUUAUAUGUGUGUGUGUGUGUGUGUGUAUACACACACAUACACAUAUACACACACGUGUGUGUGUUUUUGUGAGAGUUUAUGUCUGCCCCCUCCUGCUCUGAACUUACAUUUGCCAUCUGUGCAAUGUGUACAUAAGUGGUAGCAACCUGAACUAUUCUUUUUCUUUAGUGAGUUUGUUAAAGCUGCUAUAAAUAUAAAACCUGUCAGACGUUUAACUCUUUCUCUCUAUAAGUGAUAUGUAUUCUAAAGCCUUCUGUUUCUAUGGGUAAUACAUGGAAGUCCCUUAAAGCUUUUAUAAAGGGGAAAUAUUUUAAAUGAUUGGCACUCUGUAGGGUUGAGGCCUCUGAAAUUGGGUAGAGAGAGAAGGGGUUAUUGAGGUUUUUAAAAAAAAAUUUUUUUUUUGCUAGUUUAUUUGCUGCCUCUCAUACCUUAAUGUGAUUUUCAUAUAUAUAUUUUUAUAUAUAUGUAUGUGUGUAUAUAUAAACAUAUAUGUAUGUGUUUUGAAGUAUAGCUUCUUUUUCUAUUUAUUAGGAUAGUGCUUUAAUAAUUAUAGAACUGUAUUAGCAACAUCUUUUAUAGAAACAUAAUCAUGUUUAUUUUAAGAACUGACAACUUGUUUUUGCUGUCUUUUAGUGCAAUAAGCAGUUUUAAGGGAAAGCUGUGUCUGUUUGACAUCUUUACCACAGAUAGUGGGAGAAACAGGCACCUCCAUAAUUUUAAAAGAGCAAAGUAAUACAGCCUUAAUUUCAGAAGGAAAGUUUUGUAAUUUUCAAGUCUAAAGCAUGUCUUUAAAAAUCAAAAUGAAAAUGAAGGAAGUUAAUAUCCUAAAUGAGUCUGGCCUUGAAUAUUAAAAGUAAAGUUGAACUUUGAUUUAAGAAUUGACCAUGAAUAGAUUAAAAUUUAGAAAAUAUUUAAAUUCUUUGAAAAUAAAUCAUGUUUAUUGAGGAAUCAUAUUGGUUAGGUACCUAUUUUCAUUAACUAAAAUGAAUCAGGAAAUUGUGAUAUAUUUUUUUAAUUUUUGCCAAUUUAUCAUGAGUGACUUUCCUUUUAAAAUUAGGGUUAUGGUGACAAAGGCAGUUAGGACUUCGAACAUUUUAAAUGAGUUAAAUCACUGAAAUGUGGGGAAAAGUUUUGGAAAACUUUCGUUUUAUUGAUUUCACUUUAUGGUUUUAAAGAGUACUAGAAAGCUGUCAAAACCAAGUUCACCAGUAACAUUGGAUUCAGGAGAGCUUUGCACUUUUUAACUCAAUGAAAAUUGCAUUUUAAUUUUUUUUAUUUUAUUAUUUUUUUUUUGCACUGGUUCAUAGUAUAAAUAUUACAGAUUGUUUCCAGUGGGCAUUGUUGUUAACCUUUCAGAAUUCCAUCUGCUCAUGAAAACGAAUGGAUUAACUCUAUAGUUCCUCUCUUACCUGAUAUCCACUCUUAUUGCCAAUUUACUGUAUUUUGAGCCUAAAACCUGAGCCCAUGUCCUCCAACAGGUAUGAAAUCUUUUGUCCUUCUGCCAGAAAACUAAGAAAGUACUGUAUUUUGUAUGUUUAUUAUAUUGAGGCGUCUGAAAUGCAAUUUACAACACUGUCUCAAAGCUCUUUAGAUGAGGUAAUAUUUAUAUAGUAUGUACAUUUUUUUCUCCCAACCCUCCCUCCUCCUCCUCCAAAAAAUUCCUA